ACCCAGGGCGUUGUGAGCAGCGGCACUCAGCACAUUCAGGAGUAUGCAGCGUAUAGUCUGGUGUCUGGCACUGACACUACUCAGUACCGUCAGCACCAAUGAGGACCUGGAUCAUCAAUUUUCUGGCUGUUGGCACAAUCAACUUAGUUCAUUUUUGAACAUUGUUGUGCACAUUGAUGGUGGCAUAACUGGCAGCUACCAAUCCAGUGUUUCAGAGACAGGGUUGCAAGCUAACGGAUCACUUUGUGGAUAUCACCAGGGGCCACAGCACCCCACCUUUGGCUUUGUGGUGAAGUGGACCAGUCCUAAUACCAAAGAUUCGAUUAGUGUCUGGACCGGACAGUUCUUCAAAGGACCGGAGGGAGAGAUUUUGGAAACAGUGUGGUUAUUCCGAAGCAGCGUGGACAAAGAGAGAAACAACUGGGACGCUACCAAGGUUGGACAGGAUUAUUUCUUCCGUUAUGUUGGAACAUGUCCUGUGUAAAAGUCCAUCGAUACCUCUGGAAUCUUCCUCUUCACCAUGUAUGGAGAAUGAUAUGCAGCCAUUGGGGCAAUGUCUGAAGAUGUAAUUGUCCCGAAAGCAAUAAACUUGAAUUAAAGAGUAAUUCUGCAUCA